AUGCAAAUUUGCAAAUCUUCACCAUUCGGGAAUACGAAAGUGAGGGAGUUUGUGGCCACGAUUCGCACACACAGCAGCUUGCCUUCCUCAUCGCUCAGCUUCAAAACAAAGCGCAUUGCCUGUGCUCAGUACUUGCCGCCAGACGCAUUCAAUGUGCAGUUUGAUUAUCCGGCGAAAACCGGAAACUUUGGUUUCGUAUUCUUUGGAGAAUACACGGACAGCAACAGUGGUAAGAUUGCUGAGAUAGUUGUCAAAUGCCCAAUUGAGACCUCCAUUGGGAGGCAGCUCUUCAACAUGGAGAAAUACACAAACGCCAAGCUUCGCCAAAAGUCUCGCGAUAAGAGCCGCUUCCCUGACUAUGUUGGCGAAAUAAUAUUACCUGCUGCAACCAGCUUAACUCCAGGACUUGCGCGGAUGGGUCUCGUCUGGGAACGUGUAGGCGACGGGGAUACCCUGGAAAACUAUUUAGAUGCGUCACGUGUAUCGCAACUCGCCAGCAUUCUCGGGACAAAUGCAUCUGGAUUUCCUCUUCGAAGAGAGUUCAGUGCUCGAAUUCUGAACGAGUUGGCUCUUGUCAUUCAGGACUUACAGCAGUGCGGAAUUGUCCAUCGGGAUAUCAAACCAGAGAAUCUUCUUGUUGUACCUGAAGAUCCAGAUGGGUCCCCCUUCAAGGUCAUCGAUUUCGGCUCCUCAUGUGACUGGUCCUCUCCACUGAAAAAGGGUUUGCGACUUGCGACCUGCGAUCCUAUUUAUACAGCGCCCGAAAGACGACUCGACGUGUUCAAACCAGCUUAUCGAUUUGACGUUUAUAGUAUUGGAUUAAUUGCCUUGAGAUGCGCCCUUCCAAGCUUAACUGCCAGUGUCGCCAUGAACAAGUUCGUGGAGGAAAACCUUAGCCAGAGUGACUUUUGCUUGCAAAAGACUUGCUCGAACAUUCUCUCCGGUCGUACAAAUUCGCCCCCGUCGUUGUUAAGGGAUGUCAAGGCCCUCAUCGGUCCAGAGUAUGAGGAUAUGUAUGCUUUAUUCGCAACUGUUCUCACUACAACCCCAGGGGAUCGCGCUGAUGUGUCCGAUUGCUUGCGAAGUAGAUUUGUACGUGCUGCUGUUCCAUCAGAAGUAAUUUAA